AUCAAAUCAAGCUCACAGCUUUCUGUAGUCACUACAACCAAACACAAAAACCAAUCAACAAUCAACAUGAAAUUCCUCGCCGUCUGCUUCUUCGCUGUUGUGGCUGUGGCUGCUGCCAAACCCGGUAUUGUGGCUCCUCUGGCCUACACCGCUCCGGCUGUGGUGGGCAGUGCCGCCUACGUGGCUCCCUACGCCUCCAGCUACACCGCCAACUCGGUGGCCCACAGCGCCGCCUUCCCAGCUGCCUACACCGCCGCCUACACUGCUCCCGUUGCUGCUGCCUAUACCGCUCCAGUGGCUGCUGCUUAUACCGCUCCAGUGGCCGCUGCGUACGCCGCCCCAGCUGCCUAUACCGCUGCCUACACCGCCCCCAUUGCCCGUUAUGCCGCCACCCCCUUCGCAGCACCCAUCGCCGCUCCCGUGGCUGCCGCCUACACCGCCCCCAUCGCCGCCGCUGCCCCAGUUCUGCUGAAGAAGUAAGAAGUGCGAUUGUGAAUCCCAUCUUGACCAAUUUGUGUAAAUAAAGAAUUGUACAUACCGACGACAAGUCAAGCGUGUUUUCUUUAUAAAGAGUAUACACACUAGAAAAUUUUAAUGAUGUGGCAAAGCGUCAAUAAAACACCAAAAAAAAACCUGGAAAAUUUCUCUUAAAAUAAUAAAAGGUAAUAAAGGAUAAAGUUUUCUUAC